AUGGUGGAGCAGCAGUUGUCAUCACCAGAAAAAUACGUCGUCAAGCGAAGUAAGGCAUCUUUCACCAGUGGGGAGCGCCGGAUUAUUCUACACGUGUACGGAGUUUUACGUAUUGAAAAUCCAGGUAUGACCAAGCGAGAAGUGGAGAUCUGCAAAAUUCGGAAGGGAAUCAAAGGAAAAGUACACAGUUUGUACAGACAAAAUAUACCACCUACAGUGAAGAAGGUGACCCAGAUGAUCAACGAAGAUCCUGAUCUGCCAAACGUCAGUGUGCACACAACAAGGAAGCUGUUGCACGAUCUAGGUUUUAAAUAUGAAAAGAGGGAACGUCGAUCCAUACUAAUUGAACGAGAGGAUAUUGUGCGAUGGAGGAGGAGCUAUCUACAAGACAUCAAAACUUUCAGAACCGAAGAACGAAAAAUAUUCUACCUUGACGAAACGUGGUGCAACGCUGGUCACACCGUAAAAAAGGCAUGGACCCCAAAAUAUAUUAUAUCAUCACGAGAAGCCUUCAUGAGCGGGGAGACGACGGGACUACGCGACGUUCCAGGACGAGGUGGCCGACAUAUAGUUGUACACAUAGGUAGUGAAGAUGGCUUUUUGAGAGAUCCAACAGAUCCGUCAGCAGGAAGCGAUGCUCGUUGUGUCUUUAGAGCGAAAAAGACGGCAAAAAUUGCAAAUGCAACUCACCACGAUGAGAUGAACGCCAAGGCUUUCGAGGAUUGGUUCACCGGAGUACUACACGUGUUGCCUCCCAAUAGCGUGAUUGUGAUGGACAACGCUUCAUAUCACAGUGAAACUCUUUAUAAACUGCUAAACAUGAGCUGGAAGAAAGGUGAAAUUCAAGAGUGGCUAAAUGCUAAAGUCAAAAAUGAAGUAGCGAGAACAAACACAGAUUAUUCUCUCCACUCUGUAGAAGCCCUACUGAACAACGCUCUUGACAAUGUUUCUGAUGAGGACUGGAGGAAGGCUGUCAAACACGUAAUGGGAGUAGAAGACCUCAUGUGGGACCUGGAGGCCAUGAGCAAUGACGUUCAGGACAAUUUCAUCAUAAACCUGGCAGAAGACUCGGAAUCCGAAGAUGGCAGCGAAGUUGGCAGUGACGGCGAACGACAUGACACAGAAGAUGACUCGGGGGAUGACUUAGCGGUUCCUUUAUGA